AUGGCCGGUAAGCUCAUAGUAACCACAAUCUUGCGGACACUAACUGUGACGUCAGAAGAACCGCGACGAUCAGGUCGCUCGACCAAGGGUCAGCACAAGAACCUCGAUCUUAUCCCUGAAACACCUGCGAAGAAGCCCAAGUCGAAAGCGCAGCCAAAGGAAAAACCGCCGAAGCCCUCCGUCGAACCAACACCUGCCCCCAGUGAAGAAGAAGAGAUUAUCCGAUGUAUAUGCGGAGAAUAUGAAGAGGAGGAAGACGUUGAACGUGAUAUGAUUUGCUGCGAUCGCUGUUCAGCGUGGCAACAUAAUGACUGCAUGGGUCUCACAUUCGCGAAGGGCGAGGAGCCUGACGAGUACUUUUGUGAGCAGUGCAAGCCUGAAAAUCAUAAGGUUCUCUUAGAUAAGAUUGCGCGUGGUGAAAAGCCUUGGGAGGAGGCGGCUGAAAAAAGGCGCAAAGAAGCUGAGGAAAAGAAAGCAUCGCGUCGCAGGAAGGGUAAAAAGGGAGGCAGAAGAGGCAGACCCAGUGAACCCAAGCCUGAGCCCAAACCCGAGCCUAAAACCGAGGCGAGCACACCCGCACGUACAGCAGCUUCGUCAACCCCAGCCCCUGCUCCUGCUCCUGUUCCUGCACCCGCCGCCUCGUCUGCCCCUCCAGCGCCUGAGGCUCCUGAGGCUUCCCCAGCACCCCCAUCUGUUACACCUACCACCGAGAAAAAUGGUGUCGUCCCCGAUGCCCGGUCGGCAAGUGCUCAAAAACGCAAGUUUGAUGAACAUCAGGACGUGUCUACGCCUGAACCUACACCGAAAUCGAAACAGCAGAAGGUCUCUCCCCCAGCAGAUACUGUGAUGUCUGGCGUGGAAGAAACCCAAGUAAAGGAUGAAGCUAAGGAACAGCCUUCACGCCAAAACUCUACCGCAGAAUCGGCAGUGGUUGAGGGCGUAAAGACUGUGGAAGAACUCUCUAAUCCUGCUCGGAAAAGUGCGGCCAGUGCUCUGGUCAGGUUAUUUGUAGAUCAGGUCUCUGAAGCCCGAAGGCGAGGUUCCUUCAGCUUGUCGGAUGGGAAGUCAGCGGAGGAGGUCGCACGGCAACUCGCUCUCUCAAUCGAGAAUGCAAUGUAUGAGAAUUUCUGCGGAGGAUCUGGAGAGACCACAGAGCAGUAUAAAGCACAAUUGCGGACGAUCUUGUUCAACGUAAAGAAGAAUCCUUCUCUACGGGAUCGUCUGCUCGUAGGUAGUUUACUCCCAGAUACCCUCUCUAAGAUGAGCUCCCAAGACAUGGCAAGUGAAGAACUGCAACAGAAGGAUGCCGAGAUCAAGCGCGAAGCCGAAAGGCAGCAUAUUAUCGUGCAAGAGCAAGGGCCAAGGAUCAGGCGGACCCAUAAAGGCGAGGAGCUGGUUGAGGACGAUAAUCAGAAUGUGUCCAGUGAGCCCGUGUUCUCCGCUGCUCCCCGUCGAAGCUUAGUCGAUGCAGAUGGCAGCCAAAGCCCAGGUCCUCAGCAGCCCGGCGAAGGCGAUAACGCUCAGAAAACUGGUAAUCAACAAGCGUCUGACAGCAAACUCGGCGACGGCAUUUCUCACGACCAGCACUUCCCGCCUAGGGCUCACUCUCCUGGCGGCACUGAGCACGACCAAGUGUUUCCAGAGGUGGCAACCCAUAUUCGACAGCCACUACCGACUGGAAAGGCUCAGGCCGAUGCAGAGAUUGAUCAGCUUUUGAAGGACGAUGAACCAGAGUCGCCGCCUUAUUCACCUAAGGAUUAUAAUGACGAAGGAGCAGUUUGGCGUGGCAAGGUCAUCAUGAACCCCAUUGCCGAGUUUUCCUCCUCGGCCAAACACGUUGGGGGUGCCGACCUCAGUGGACGAAUUCCCUGGGAUCAGCUCGCGCCUUCGACAUUGUUAGUGGAUGGCAGAAUUGACAUCCAACUGGCCAGCGAGUAUCUCUGCAACUUGCGUUUCAGUACUUCCACAGACGUGUCAGUUAUUUGUAUCGGCCGGCCCGAGUUGCCAAAAGAGCAGGCAGGCUUCGAUAAGCUCUUCAACUAUUUCUCGGAUCGCAAGAGAUACGGCGUGGUGGGCAAGCAUCCGCUGGCGGCCGUCAAGGAUACUUAUCUUAUUCCCAUCGAGGCUGGGUCGACUAAGAAACCCGAGUUCAUUGAACUCUUAGAGAACAAUACUCUGGAGGAUCCAACUCCAGAACGGGUUCUUCUCGUCGUUUUUGCUGUGAAAACUUCUGAAUCGAGCCCUCCGUCAGUACAGCCUUCAUCGCACCAUCCAAGCCAAGAGCCCAUGGCUUCUGCGAGUCCGGCGACACCUCAGCAACAACAAUUCAUGACUCCUGGGCCACGGCCUGUGUCUCAAAUCACCCCAGCACCUUCGAACUUUGAUGGAACGCCACUGGCACAUUCCCCAUAUGGUCAGCAGCAGCACCAAUUUCAACACCAGCAUCCUCCACAUGCCCCCCAAUUUGCACCGUAUCAGAGUCCAGCGCCACAAAAUCAGGCCCCGGUCACGGGUCUUGCAGCUGCCGUCCAGGUACUGGGUACUCAGGCUAGCUCCCCAGCUAUUCAACAGCUCUUACAACAGGCGCCGAACGCGGAUGUCACCCAGCUGAGUGUCGUCCGUGAUAUCCUGUUGCGACGGCCGGAGACAGCCCUGAACUACGAAAUCCUGAUGCAGGAAUUGGUCCAGGCUACGACGAAUGGACAUACUCUACAGCAGAAUGCAAAGUAG